ACACUCACCGUCGUUUCGUUUUAUAUAAACACCACAAUCCUCCCUUCCUCACAUCUUUCUCUCUCUAUCUCUCUCUCCUACUUUCAAAUUUUGCAAGCUAAUCACAAACCCUAAUUUAAUUUUUUAUACACCCUGCAAUUUCUCCCCCAUUUUCUAGGGUUUGCUCUUGGAAAUCCCCAAUUUACAAACCUCAAAUCCAGUAACUGCAACGCCUAUGAAGCCGAAGAAGUACGCAACGGAUACCGAUUCAUCUUCGAGCCAUCUUUGGGUGGGCAAUUUACCCCCUGAUGUUACCGAAUCCGAGUUAACCGAGCUCUUCGAUAAACACGGGUUGCUCGAUGGAAUCACUUGCUACGCUACGAGGAGUUAUGCGUUUGUUUACUACAAGCGUGCGGAAGAUGCAGCUUCUGCUAAAGAAGCCCUUCAAGGGUUUUUAAUUAAUGGGAAUUCAAUCAAAAUUGAGUUUGCCAAACCGGCUAAGCCCUCCAAGCAUGUAUGGGUUGGUGGAUUUGGUUCGUCAGUCACUAAGGAAAUGCUAGAGGAAGAGUUGAGUAAAUUUGGUUUAAUUGAGGACCUUAAGUUCAUUAGAGACCGCAACACUGCGCUUGUUGACUUUGCUAGGUUGGAAGAUGCUUCAGCAGCAGUGAAGAAUAUGAAUGGGUUACAAAUUGGUGAUGAUCGCAUUCGUGUUGAUUUUCUUAGAUCUCAUCCUGCUAAGAGGGAUCAUUCUGAUUUUCAUGAUACGGGGAGUGCACAAUUCAAAGGAAUGGGUGGUUUUGAUCCAUCAUGGAAUCCGGACAAUACGAGGAACUAUAAUGAGCCCACAUACCCAGGACAAAAGAGAAUGCAGCCAUCUCAACCAAUUGGAGGACGUAAAGGAGGUCACCCCAGUAAGGUUUUGUGGGUUGGAUAUCCACCUUCUGUUGUGAUAGAUGAGGAGAUGCUGAAUAAUGCCAUGAUCCUACAUGGAGAGAUUGAGAGAAUAAAAUGUUUUGCUGGACGACAUUACUCUUUUGUAGAAUUUAGGAGUGUGGAGGAAGCAAGGCGAGCUAAGGAUGCGCUGCAAGGAAGACUGUUUAAUGACCCUCGAAUUUCAAUAAUGUUCUCCAACAGUGACACGGCUCCUGGCAAAGAUUUUGGACCACCAUUUCCAGGAUUUAGAGGGCAGAGGCCAGAUAUGUUUGGAAAUAAUGAAUUUCCUUUUGGACCGCCCUUUAUGGAUGGGUUUCCUUCAAACCGUGCUAUGCCGCCAAACAGUUUCCAUGGACCUCAUGCCCCUAAUGGUAUGCUUGGGCCAGGUAUGCCAAGACCAUUUGGGCCUAGAGGGAGUAUGGAUCCACUUUUGCCCAACCCAGAUUUUCAUGAUCCCAAUAUGCUCUCUACCAUGUCUGAAAUGACGGCAAACGCUCCCGUUAACCAAAGACAGUUGUCUCCUUCUGCUGCUGGAUUGCUUCCACCUCCUGCUUAUCCAGGCAGGGCAUCUUAUAAGACUACUGGGUGGGAUGUUCUUGAUCCAAAUCAGCCACGUAGGGAAUCAAAGAGGUCUAGAAUAGGUGAUGAAUAUAUUGCAAGUGACCAAUCGUACAGUUCUGGUCCUCCUGACAUGGGAGCUGCCAAAGGGAAUGCUAUGGGACGUGCUAGUGAGGAUUAUAUUUGGCGUGGUGUCAUUGCCAAAGGCGGUAAUCCUGUCUGCCAUGCUCGAUGCAUACCGAUGGGAAAAGGACUAGAAUGUGAAGUACCAGAAGUUGUCAAUUGCUCUGCAAGAACAGGGCUUGACAUGUUGGCGAAGCAUUAUGCUGGUGCUAUUGGGUUUGACAUUGUCUUUUUCUUGCCUGAUAGCGAGGAUGAUUUUGCUAAUUAUACUGAGUUUCUAAGGUAUCUUGGUUCAAAGAACCGUGCUGGUGUUGCUAAAUUAGAUGAUGGGACCACAUUAUUCUUGGUCCCGCCAUCGGAUUUCCUAACAGAUGUUCUGAAAGUGACUGGGCCUGAGAGAUUAUAUGGAGUAGUGCUUAAGUUACCUCAGCAACUCUCGGGUGGUCCUUCUCUUCCUCAGCCGGGACAUCCGCCCCUCCCUCCUAUUCAGCAAACAGAGAACCAGCUGGGGCCUCCUUCACAUGAAUAUAUUGCUCCUGAGAAAGAAUUUGUUGCGCAUAUGGAUUAUGGCAGAGCUGUACACGAUGACGCAGCACUGCAUUCAAGAGCAUCCUUCUCAAAUGCAUCUGUUUCACAAGAUCAUUCUAAUGAAGGUGUUCCCUCUACACCACGACCUGCAGUCACAUUAACACCUGAACUUAUUGCUACACUUCACGCAUUUCUGCCACCCAAUUCCCAAUCUUCGGUGGCUCAGAGUGCUCAGCCACAAUUAAGUACUUCCACAACAGCACACUCACAUCCUCAUUCGACAAAUGAGAAAGGAGUUUUCUCGCAGGGUUGGAGCCAACAGCCUCAAGUUACUGAUGCAACUGGACAAUCUCAACAGUUCGGGGGACAAGGGUAUUCAAACGCGCCCCUUUCUUCUAAUUUCCAGUCAUAUGCGUCCAACUUAAGCAUGGGCAGCCACCCUAUCCCAGUUCCUUCAGCAAAUAUGCAAAUGCAAAAUCCUGUAUACAACUUCCAAGAGCAGGGUUCUGUUUCUUCCAGGCCUCCUGGUAAUCACCCAGUUACAGCACAGAGCCAACAGUUUGUGCCAGCAAUGCAGAAUAUGCAUCAUUAUCACCCAGAGGCUCCUCAUAAUAUACAGAAAGGUUACGGGAUGGUGCAUGGAGCACCUGCUGGCCCUUAUGGAACAGCAGAUAGUCAGCAGCAUACUGAUCCAGGUUCCUACUCCAAUCAAGUUGGUGGUUCUAAUCUUUCCCGUCCACAGAUUACCUCAACUGGGAAUAUGAAUUCAGAGUCUCAAAAUCCACCUGAAAGAACGCAAACACUGCCAUCUGGAGUUGGUCAAGGAUCAUCAGAGGUCGAGGUUGACAAAAACCAACGCUAUCAGUCUACAUUACAAUUUGCUGCCAGUCUUCUCCUUCAAAUACAGCAGCAACAACAGCAGCAGCAGGCAAGUCCUCAUAUGGGAAACCAGCAGUGAGAUUUUGGUAGGUAGGUACAUCUCAUUCAACCAAUUUUUUGUUUGUUUUGGCAUUUCUUGAUUACUGCUUUUUUGUAUGAUGAGCUUGGUAGCUGAUUGGUGGUUUGUUUACUUCUUCAUGUGCACACGAUAUGCAGUGUAUUUCCUUUGUCUUUGUCUUUUUUGUUUUUGUUCUGGCCGGGGCCGGGGAGGGGGUUGGGGUGGAUGGGGUGUUUUGAGUCCAGCAACACUAGAUCCGUCUUCUGAUUUAUGUCUCCUGUUAUGCUAUGUUUGGGAUCCGGGUAUGUUGCAGCUUUCAUAGCCAUUACUGGGCUGUUCUUUUUGUCGUGCACACAUUGAGUAUUAUACUAUUAUGGGUUGUCUGGUCGUUGAGUCCUUUUUCCAUUUGGUUCAGGCGGGGAGGGGUGUCACUUUUGGUUGUGAAGAUCGUCAAAAUUGUCUCUGUAUUUGCAUUCUUGUGUUUGGUUUUAGGAUAUUCUUUAAUCUUCUAAUUAACAUACUUCUUCUAGAUGGAUUUAUAUGUUUACACUGGCCUUAUUUUGUUGAUUUAAGGUUUCUGAUUUAGACUUGAUAGGCUGAGGACGAGAUCCUGCAAGGUCUAGCCUUUUGCUAUUGUUUAGAAAUCAGAGUUGUCUCUUCUGGCCAAAUGAACAUACCUUUUUUUUGUGUGUUGUUCUCUUUUCCCCCAUUCUCCAUACUAGAAUAUCAGGCCAAGAUUUCGAAUACAAAAGCCAUAACAGCCACCCAGUCAGCCAGCCACAGUAAAACCAUCGUAUCUAUUAUUUAGCACUUCUUGAUUUAGAAGAGAAAUUACAGACUGUAUGCUGUAGAAUCAGUUUAGGAGAUGGAGACAUUGUGUGUUGGUAGAUUCUUUUUUCCGAGGGAGUGGCAAAAUAGGGUAUUCAGCAUGUCAUUGGGAGAGACCUUCAGAAGGUAUAUCUUAAGGGUGUGGUGGGUGGGUGGACAAGAUGCAAGAUCAUAGUCUUGGCGUUGAGAGCUUGUUCUAAUUUCUUUGGGUUGUGAAGUGUGGUAGAUUACUUGUAGGAAGAAUUGUUGAAUAUAUUUUGCUGUAAAAGUGAGAGAUAGGCGUAGCAGGUGUUGUGAGACGAGGCAGCUGUUUUGCCUGCUAAAAGUGGUUCGAAAGUGAAAAUUUUGGGUUUUGAGAAAUUUAACUACUAGAGAAAUUCGGAGUAGUCUACAGGCCAGGUAGAGUGUUUCCGGCAGUCUUCUUGACAUUUCCCUUAGUGGUUGUCAAACUGAUACUAUAUUUUCCUUAGAUCAGGUUCGAUGUGCUUACCCUGCUAGCCAUUUAUUUAUGCAACGGUAAAAAUAACCCCAAUACCAUGGUUGAGCUGUUUCCUCCCUCUUUUACUGGUGUAGAUGGGUUGGGAUUUUGUGUAUCUUUGUGUUGCUGCCUUUUAUGUUUGAAUAUUUACUUAACCCCCUCUGGCGUGCAUCCCUUCUGUGCUUAGUAUGACUGAUGCUGUGAUCUUCGAUAUCUUCUAUUAAAUCAUGUCAUAAGAUGCCUUUUGUGCAUUUGGUGCUUGCAUGUGUAAACAAGUUGAUAUUAUUUCUGUAUGAUUUGCUUGUGUUUUAUUUGUAUAGCUUCGUUCUAUGCGGAGUACUUCUUAUUUGUUUGGCCCUCCUAACUAGUAAACUUAGUCUAUUUGUUGUAACUAUUGACUUAAUGUUUUUUUUAUUCCAAGUGUUUUUUUUAAUAUUUUUUAUAUAUUGAGGAUGCCUUCUUUAUUA